AUGCAUCGAGAGAUUCUGUCUAUACUGUUUCCAACUCUUUUCUGUAUCGUUCUUCCAAGUCAAGUAUUGCUUAUGUACAUGAUCCAAUAUUAUUCUCCCAAGUUCCUUAAUAAUUUGAAGUCAAUUUUACGAUGUAACUGUCUUUUGCAGUUUAUAACUCUUUUAAUAGCUUGCUCACUUCAAACGAGACAAGUUUCCAACUUGACUCCAAUCGAAAUAUGGUGUUAUGGUUAUGUGAAAGACUUCGACCCCACGAUUCUGUAUUCGUUGUAUUUCCUCUCCCAGAGUACUACUUUAGCUAGUGUGCUUCUUACAUUCCUCACUAUCUAUUUAAAAUUUGACGUCGUUCGAAACAUGAAUAAAUCAAGUAACCAAAAAUACAUUGUGACGUUUAUUCUUCUCAUUCCAGUUGUAGUUGUGACAGGUGCAGAAAUUUUCCUAAUAAUUACCAAAUCAUUAGCAUCCGAAUAUCAGGAAAAAUUAUUGAAGAUCAACUUAAAGGUCACUGAUCAUUCUGUCAUUGGCUUCAUCACUUUACAAACUAUUCCGAGUCAAGCGAUAUUCCUUUGUAUAAUCGGACCAGUUUUUAUUCUUCCACCCAUCGGUUUUCUGAUCAGAAGAAAAUUUGUCAAUAUUGUAAGUGCAACUCUAGAAAGGACAACGUCCACUAAUCGAAAACAACAAAAUCAAAGUUUUAUAAAUGGACUCACUAUUCAAGUGUUCCUACCAAUCGUUUGUUACCUCCCAAUGUUCAUUUAUUUGUUCAUAGUCAUUGAAACAAAAACCGAAUCCCUUUUCGAGCAGUACUUUAUUGGAAUUUUCAGUACAUUUCCAUCUUUAUUGGAUUCCUAUAUAACUUCAUACUCGGUCAAGACAUAUCGGAAGCAGAUUAAAAUCUUAUUCAAACUGGAAAAGGCUGAGCAACCGAUUGUGGUAGCUGCCAUUGUUUCUCAGAUGUAA